CGAGAUUAACAAGGCGUGACGCGUUAAACAUGGAGGGGAGAGCUACUGAUAAAAUCAUUGACUACAGAGAGACUUUAAGAGACUGUCUCUGGAAAAUUGCAAGACGCGCUGUUUACUAAUAAGAAAACAGGCGGGAAUCAAAGGAAAAACAACUCAUCUAAGAAAAGGCUACAGGUCGUUUACCUAAUGAUCAGGAAUAAAGUCAACGUUAUGAUGUGACCGAUGCAGUGAAGACAGUAUCAGUGAUGGAGGGAGAUUCUGUCACUUUAAAUAUUGAAGUACAGAAAUAUUUGUUGAUACAGUGGAGGUUUGGAAACACAAGAAUAGCUGAAGUCAGCAGACUCACGCAAACCAACUCGACAUAUGACGGUCCUGAUGAGAGAUUCAGAGACAGACUGAAGCUGGAUCAGACCGGAUCUCUGACCAUCACAAACACCAGAACCACAGACUCUGGACUUUAUACAGUCACAGUUAUCAGCAAAGACACCAGUUACAUGAGUUUCAAUCUUACAGUCAACGAAUCACCGCCACAAAGUACUUCAUCACCAGAAAGAUCAUCAAGCACCAAUUUUUUGUCGCCCAGCUGUGCGGUCAAUAAUUUAACCAUAAACCAAACUGAGGAUGCCAACGCUACUAAACUCCACCAGCCAUGUUCAGACAAUAUCCACUGUUGUGGUUUCAAUGAAACUGUGAUCCGAUUGGCUCUCUCUGCUCUGGUGGGCGUGGCUACGGUUGCUUUUCUGGUUUAUGACAUCAGAUCUACAAGAAGUGAGCUGAUCAGAACAAAAGAGUCCAGAAAUCACCGUCAGGCUCACAGAGUAAAAUCAGGCCGUCGGUAUGAAAUGAGCAGAAGGUUUAGUUCCAGAUAUGUUUGAUGAAGUUUGCUGGUAUAAACCCAAAAAUAAAACAUUUUCUGUAUUUGCACUGCUGUUUAUUAACAGAUUAUUUGGCAUUUAUUGAUUGUAUAUGCAUAGAAUAUGACUUUGAUUGAUCUGUUAAAUGAAAAUACAAUCACUCUAAACAUAGUCACGCAAACAAAAUAAUAAUUAGCAAUGCCAUAGAAUGAUUUCAUAAGCUCUUGUGUCUGAUGCACCCUUGAAAUGAAUCGCAGAGGAAAUUGGUGACUUUUAAUAAAGAUUUAGUUUUACAACAGUAA